AUGCCCCAACCUCAGGGCCAAUAUCGUCGAGAACUCAGUUCGCUACACAUCAAGAAUCCAGAAACCUGUAACGAAGAUAACAAACACCCUAGGCUCUGUGGAUUUUUACAGCGAAUCAUUAGCUCGGUGGCCUAUCAUGUCUUUAGCGAAGCCAAUGAGGAAGACAGCCAUGGCAACGGAAUAGACUCAAACAGCAACAUAAGGUCAGCGACGACCGAAGCGAGAUGUCUAACUGUCUCUGCUGUAGACUGUAGCCUACAAUGGGUUGAACGAGGACGCCAGAAAUGGGGCCAAAAAUCUAAAUGGAGGCACCCCAGACGUGAGGGACGCCAAGGGCUUGAGCAUAAAGGGUUAGAAGAAAAAGCUGCAAUGCCCACCUGGACACCUAAAUUAAAAUUUGCAGAGUUCAGGACUUAUGUCGAGAAAUCAUUCACUUGGACAGAUCUUCCAUCAAAAUUCCCUACAAAAUAUGUACAAUUCUCUGUGUUCUUAGCUUCAAUUCAUUCAAACUAUGUGGACUAUAAUCGGUGGCUUGGUGAUUUCAUUCUGUCUAAGGGUACAACUGACAUCCUUCAAAAAUACCCUGUCCCUGAGUGUGAUAUUUGGUUCAUCAAAUUUUCUUGCAACUUUCAUUACAAUGUUGCUGCUAUAGGAAAUAGAGAAGGAAAGAUUUUUGUAUGGGAACUGCAAAGUAGCCCUCCUGUUCUUAUUGCCAGGCUAUCUCGUGCACAGUCAAAGUCUCCAAUCAGACAGAUUGCCAUGUCCUUUGAUGGAAGCACCAUUCUCAGUUACUUGGCAAUUCCUAGAGAAGCUAUGAUGAUUGUUGAAACUCAUUUGUGCUAUAACAGUUAAGGGUAUUAAUUGAUGAUGCUCAGAACUUUGUUAGAUUUUGUAAAUAAAAGUUGGUUUAUUCCUGGCUAGUUAUUUGCUAUUGAAGGAUCUCAUACAGGGAAGCACUGCAAGCAGGUGAACCUUACUGGAAUCUAGCUUAGUGCCUAACAAUGGCUUCAAAUGAGUUGAGUUGAGUGGGAGUUGAGAAAUGGUGAUAGAGGGAAAUGGUACGAGGAAAGGAUUCUUGUUGGUUUUGACUGUGUAUUGUUGUUGUCUUGCUAAUCUAUCUAAGUUUUUUGGAUAAAAAACUAUGAAGUACAUUGACUCUCA